AGCACAAACUCUUCUUCUUCUUCUUGUCUGGACUUCUGUGAAUGCUGCUAGCUGACUGAACAUGCAGUCUCCUGGAAAGUCUCUGAAGGAAGCUCUGCUGUGUGCUCAGAGCGAAGACCGGCUCACUGUAGGAGUCUACGAGAGCGCCAAGAUCAUGACUGAUGAUCCAGACAGCGUGUCUUUCUGCGUUCUGGCCAUGGACGAGGAGUUCGAGUGUGACAUCGCCCUGCAGAUCCACUUCACCCUCAUCCAGUCCUUCUGCUUCGACAACGACAUCAGCAUCGUCAGAGUGAGCGACAUGCAGCGUCUGGCGGAGAUAGUUGGAGACAAGGCGGAGCAGCUGGAAGACGCUCACUGCGUCCUCAUCACGAACCCAGCUGAAGGUUCUUGGGAGGAUCCAGCUCUGGAGAAGCUGCACCUGUUCUGUGAGGAGAGCCGCCGUCUGAACGACUGGGUUCCUGAGAUCAGCCUCCCCGAGCGCUGAUCUGCUCUCAGGGCUCCUCACUUUGCUUGAAGAUGCUGCGAGAAGCGUCUCACCUGGAAAUACUUCAUCCUACAGCAGGAUGACCCUGUUUCUGCUCAUCCCUGGACACUCCUGAGGAGGAUUCCCGUCCAGGCAGCACGGCGCCGGGCCCCCAGGAGGCCCCCCGUGAACCGUCGCCUCCUGUCCCGUCCAUGCCAAGAUGACUCUCAUUCUUUGUGUGAAUGAGGUCGGGCAUGCCACAGGAGCGACGCAUCGACCCUCAUUCUUUGUGCGGAUGAGGUUUGGAGAGGAAGGAGAAGCGAGUUCUGCGUCCUGUGGUUGUCCACAGAGCAAAUGUCGCACGUGGAAAAAAGCACGCGCAGCAGGAGAAGAAGCGGUGCUGAGGAAGAGGCCUUGUUAAAAAGGGACUUUUUAAAGGUGUCCUCUUCACGCUGAGCAACAAAACAACAAGUUGCACAUCAGCGCAAAUGUUUCCCACUUUCCAGAAUUGUCUUAAUUCUCUAAAGGUUUCACUUUAGAAAUUUAACAAUGACAAAAAAUAAAAUACUCUAAAACUUAAAAAAAGAAAAAAGAAGUCUGAUCGCUAAAGGUUUCACUUUAGAAACUUAACAAAGGCAAAAAUAUUCCUUAAAAAAUAUCUAAAGGUUUCACUUUAGAUAUUUAACAUUGAAAAGUUACAAAAAGUGUUAAAAAAAAUAGAAUCCAACUGAUUCUGAAUCUUGAAGUGUGGAGCAAAAAAAUAAAAUGUAGAAUUUUCUGUCAAAUGAGAUAUUUUGUUAACUACUUAUCUACUGUUUGUAGCAUGAAAGAAUAUAAAUAAAACAUUUGAAUUCA